GACUCGCCUGUUGGUGCGGGAGAUGCAGAGGAAGCGUCGCGGACGCUCGCUCGGCUCCGUCACUUCAUUCUGAGCAUCGAAACAACCCGCAUCCAAGGCUCGACCUCACCCUCUCAUCGAGGACAGACGGAUUAAAGACAUUUUCCUCAGUGAGGUGGUUUUAUUUGUGGAUGCGUAUGCAUGUGUUCUGCACCGAACGGGCGAAAGAACCGCCCCAGAUCCGCAGCCAACAUUUUUCAAAUCGGCAAGUCUUCGGUGAGGGAUCCGGAGCGCCGGGAGAGCACCGAGAGCACGCGGAGAGCUCAGCGGGCGAUGGAUGACUGUAGAACGACCGUUCAGGAGUUCAACACUCUUGUGGCUCUCCAUCGUGAGCAGGUCAUCUCCAUAGGGGAGAAUACAAUUGACUGUCCUUCUUUAAGGGCACAGAUGCACAAGACUCGCAUCAAAGGAUGUGCCGUAGCCCAGGUCGCCUAUCAAAACCUCAUCGCAAUCUCUGGGCCAGAGGAUGGUGAAAUCCACCCAGAAAUAUGCAGAUUGUUCAUCCAGCUUCAGUGCUGUCUGGAGAUGUACAUUACCGAGAUGCUCAAAUCUAUGUGUCUGUUGGGUGUUCUGCAGCUCCACAGGAAAGGUGUUGUGUCAAUACUUGCUUCAGGAAAUGAUAUGUGUCCUGAUCCAAACAUGGACUACAGGGUCGACGAAAGCUCUGAUGUGCCGAUGCUGGAAGAUCGAUCAUCGUCACCUGUAGAUUUUCCUCAGGAAUCCUGGGUCGUGUGCACAGACAUUGAGAACAUAGAGAGUGAUAUGCGAGAAAUGAGGAACCUUCUAAGCAAACUCAGGGAGACAAUGCCUUUGCCACUGAAAAAUCAAGAUGACAGCAGUCUGCUAAAUCUGACUCCUUUUCCACUGGUGAGGCAGAGGAAGAGGCGAUUCUCCGGGCUUUGUUGCCUUGUGUCUGUGUGCAUCUGUCUCUCUGAUUUGAAUGUGUAUUCAUAUUGCAGUCAAACUCAAGAGGCUAAAAUUACACAUGAUAGUGUGCUUACAUGCUUUUGGAGGAGUCUGAAACCUAUCAAGUUCCAACAGGCUUUCUUCUCUAUGGAUCGUGCUACCAUUCCCCUGGUCCUACUCUGCACCCUGGCUUCAUUUACUCCCAUUAUGGGAUGUUUCUGUGACCAUUACCCAUGGAGUUCAUGGUCCUAUUGCACCAAAACCUGUAACUCUGGUAACCAAGCACGUACAAGGGCUGUACGCUAUGAUGAACACUGGAACAAAAACAAUUGUUUCCAGCUGUGUCAGACACAUGAGACCAGAGCAUGCAAUGUUGAGGCUUGUUCCAUACAUUGUCAGCUGACUGAGUUUGAACCCUGGUCAGAGUGCUCGCCGUGUGCCAAAAAAUCUUUCAGAACCAGGUCUGUUUUGAGGCCGGCUCAAUUUGGGGGGGACGAUUGUAGUCCAUCUCUUACAGAGGAAAGAGCCUGUCAUCCCUCCAAGGAAUGUGGGAUUGAUCCUGUCAACUGUAAAGACAAGUUCACCUGUGACAGUGGUAGAUGUAUAAACGCUACUCUGCAGUGCAACAAACAGAACGACUGUGGAGACAACUCUGAUGAGAGAGACUGUGGGCAAACAAAAAGCGUGUGUGCAAGUGAACGGAUAUUUGCUUUCAUUCCUGGAGCAGACCUGAUUGGUUAUGGAUUUGAUGCUGCAGCAGAGCAGAUGAGAGGCGGUGUUCUGGACAACUCAUUCAUGGGGGGUGCAUGCACUCUACAAAGACACAAGAGAAACUACUACAGAAGCCCUGCCAACAUUGACAGAUAUGAAAUCAAGGUAGAAAAUCUUGAGGAUAUUAAAGAGCAAGAAAUCAAACCCCAAAAAGUCAACUUGGCCAAAGAAUCACGUAAUAUACUGCUCAAAGAUGCAGUGAAAGCAUCUCAACAAAAGGACUCUGAGUUUUACAGGGUGCAUCAGGUUGUUGCCACAUCAACAUUCAGACUGAAACCCUCUGGCCUCUACUUAGCAGACCAGUUCCUUCAGUUUCUGAACAGUCUGCCACUGGAAUACAACUAUGCCCUUUACAGACAGAUCUUCCAGCUGUUUGGGACACAUUAUUUCAGCUCUGGGACAUUAGGGGGGAAGUAUGACCUCCUUUUCCAAUAUGAUCGAGAAGAACUAAAAACCUACGGACUGACAGAAAUAGAAAUGAGUAGUUGCUUUAGUCAGGAUUCCUCCAUCUUUACUAUAUUCUAUAACAGAAAAUCAUUUAGUUCCACAUGUGGGAAACAUUCAUUUCAAACCAAAUAUGAAGGGUCAAUUGUAAAAGCAGCAGAGAAGUGUAUCACGUCAGUGCAAGGAGGUAGAGCUGAAUUUACAACAGCCCUGGCCUGGGAGAAGAAGGGUGUAUCGCCAGACAGCACCACAUACCAGAACUGGAUCAAAUCUACAAUAGACAAUCCAACUGUUAUAGAUUUUGAGCUUUUGCCUUUAGUGAAUUUGGUUCAGGGCUUCCCUUGUGCUGUGACGAAGAGAAGGCAUCUUCAUAAGGCACUGGAAGAAUAUCAAACCGAAUUUGAUUCCUGCAAAUGUGCCCCCUGCCCAAACAAUGCUCGGCCUGCUCUUUCUGGAACAGAGUGCAUUUGUAUUUGCCAGACCGGGACCUAUGGACCAAACUGCGAGAAACGAGCCCGGGACUAUACUACAGACGAAGUUGAUGGGCGCUGGAGUUGCUGGAGCUCUUGGAGUACUUGUGACGCCACCUUGAAGAAGCAUCGCUCUCGUACCUGUAACAACCCUGCACCGCAGCGAGGCGGCAGACCCUGCCAAGGCCCUGAGAAACAGGUGGAGGAAUGCACCGUCUCUAUUUUCCAGACGCAAAAUGUGUGCAUUAAUGAUGAUGACUUUGAGACUGAAGGGUCCCGUGAGAGCCAGUUGCCCCCCGGAGCUUCUGGCUGUCCAAAACCCCGUCCACCUGCCAACAGCCACCUGAGGAUCAACAAACGUCAGUACGAUUAUGGAGAUCACGAGGAGUUUGUUUGCUUCACUGGUUUUAAACUGGAUGGAUACCAGCUCAUUCACUGUUUGCAAGACGGCACUUGGGAGAAACCAAAGGGACGGUGCAUUAGAAACAUUUGCUCCAAACCCACAGUACCUGAUGGCAUGACGAUAUACCCAGACAAAAUGGAGUUUCAAGUAGGAAGUGACAUCAUGCUGGCCUGCUUAGAGAGUGGCAUGAGUCCCUCAGGGCGUCAGUAUUACACGUGUGGGAAGAGUCUUGUUUGGGAGCCAAGCAUCCCACAAGACAUACACUGCAAGAUUGAUAAACCCUUUGUACCAGACAGCAGCUGUAAAGCUGGAGAGAUGCAUGAUGGGACUAAAUGCGUCUGCAUGUCCAAAGAGAGAUGCAGAAAUUACAGAGCAGAUUUGUGUGUCUUUGACGCUGACAAGGAGACUGCCAUUAUGAUGUCCAUCUGUGCUUUUUAUGCUGACCAUUGUAAUGGUGACAGAUUAUACUUUAUGAAUCAUGGACCAUGCAAAACCGACGCAGGCAGUCUGGACUGGGCCAAAUUCAGGGCCAGCGUAUCUGAGCAGAGCUCGGUGCGGGAGCCCUGCGGUUCAGACACCUGUUACGAGUGGGAGACCUGCUCAGUAUCAAAAACAUGCGAGUGCAAAAUCCCCAGAGAAUGUUCCAAAGAUGGGAAGCAAAUGUACUGCUUGAAAAUUGUGAGACUGCAAAGCACACGGAGCUUGAAUCUGUGCUUCAUGGCUGCCAUGAAGUGCAGCAAGAUGGAGUUUGAGCUUCUGCAUGAAGGUCCUUGUGCAAGUUCUUAAUUGUGCACCAGUUUUCACAGCUGAAAUGCUCACUCAUUAUUGAUUUGUACAGAUAAUCCAUUGUUGUUUUAUAGUCACACACAGCAUGCUAUGCAGUUAUUUUUUGAGCUGUCUGGAUAUUGAUGUGGAACUUCACAAUAAAACAUUAUCAGACUUUCAGAUGUGUUUAUUAUAUGUAAUUAUCUGUUAAAACUUGUGUAUAUUUUUGCAACAUUAAAAUGCUUUCUUCUAUCCCAGCAUGUGCAGAGACAAAUAAAAGUAAGUUAUUUUUAUGUCGAUUACACUGAAAAGUGUAAUUGUGACUUUGAUCUGUUAUUGCCCAAAAUUUAAGAACCACUUUAUUAAUGAAUGGGCACUUAUUUACAAUAUUUUUUUAUAUAUAUAUUACAUAUUAUUACACAUUACAGUUU